AUGAGCUGUUUCCGAAUCCGCCCGGCAGAGCCCCGGGACUGUCCUGAAAUCCUGCGCCUCAUCAAAGUAAGAGAGGGACAGAAGUGUGCAGGCAUCUUUCCCUCAGAACUAGCUGCAUAUGAAAAUAUGCCAAAUGCAGUAAAACUAACAGAAAAAGAUUUGCUUGAAGAUGGCUUUGGAGAACAUCCUUUCUACCACUGUCUAAUAGCAGAAGUGCCAAAGGAGGGACAAACAGGAAGUAGUUGCAUUGUAGGCUAUGCUAUGUAUUACUUUACGUAUGACCCUUGGAUCGGCAAGUUACUUUACCUGGAAGACUUCUAUGUCAUGGAACCGUAUAGAGGCUUGGGCAUUGGCUCGGAAAUCUUAAAGAGAUUAAGCCAGAUAGCAAUCCAAACAAACUGUAGCUGCAUGCAUUUCCUUGUAGUCAUUUGGAACAAGCCAUCUAUAGAGUACUAUAUGAGACGUGGAGCUUUAGACCUUUCCACUGAAGAGGGCUGGCAUCUCUUCAGAUUUAACAAAGAGAAUCUUCUCAGAAUGGCAUCUGGAGAAUGAAGGAAG